AUGGGAGUGGUCAGAUCCGCGAUUGAGCAGCAUGCACAAGAAGAAGGACUGAUAACCAACAACAACUUGAUUGAUGAGAAACCGCGGAACGACGGUGGGAAAUUCGCUGUCACCUACGCCGUCGUCGGUGUGGAGUGCGAUCAGUUGAAAAACUUCAUUGUGGGGAUAAGGCAGAUGUCACCGAUCAUUCGCUAUGUUACCAUCGCAUGCUACGGCGAAGAUACAGUUUGGUGGUUCCCCUAA